UCACAGUAGUAAAUGGGGGCAGGUGUGUCAAAUUCAACUGCUGAGUACUUGCAGGAUUUAUUUCACUUUAGAUGAAUUACAGAUAGUUGUGACUCUUCUCCCACAGAAGCAGCAACAGUUUUAUUAAAUAUCCUACAUUUUGGAAAGCCGUGGGAGAAAACAGCUUACAGACUGUUGCAGUGUUUUAUGACUGGCUUCAAGCAAAUUAAAAACUGUAGACCUCAUUCAGUUUUCAGAUGAUACAAAGCUGGAUGGAAGACUAUGCUUGGAGCAACAUGCAGAGAAGCUUCAGUGUGUUAAGUUAACUCUGCUUUUCACUUAGAGCGAGAGAAAUGGAUGUGAAAGGUGUGAAGGAAACCCUAUCCUGGCUAUAUUACCAAUACCUGCUUGUUACGUGCAGUUAUGUGCUGGAGCCCUGGGAACAAACCGUUUUCAAUUCUGUUUUGUUCAUCAUUGUGGCUAUGGUUUUAUAUACAGCCUACGUCUUCAUUCCAAUUCACAUUCGUCUGGCGCUGGAGUUCUUUUCUGGCCUAGGAGCAGGCCAACCUGAAAGCACAGUUGCCAUCAUGACUUAACCCAAACUAAUUUGAAACUUAAGACAUUUUUAAAUGAGAAAAAUCUGUGAAUCUAAGGACCCAGUGAAAACUUUGGUUCUUCAACUUACUUUGUGGCUGCAGUCUUAUUUCUUAUGCACCUCAAUCAUCUUGUGAUCCAAAUAAAGUGGUAAAUGGCAUUAUAUAUAAAAAGAGAAAGCAUGCGGUAGUUAAAGUUAGGAAUUCACUGACAUCAACCGAUAGAAAUUUCAAUUCAAUGAAACUAACUAUAAAAACAGCAACUGGAAGCAAUAGCCAUGGGGGUCAAAUAUUUACUCCUCCAAUCAUGUAUUUGUCUAAAUCCAAUGCCAUCAUAGUUCACAUUCGCAAUCUUCUCUAUUGUUUAACAUAGACCUUUCAUUUUAAUGCUAGUUUAAUUCUAGUUUUUAUAUAAAGAAAAUUUAAUUUUCUAGGACAUAUUUGUGUAAGUGGCUCAUCACUUUGACUUUGCCUCAAAAACAGCAAAUCUUAAAAUUCAAACAAGUGUCAAUUUAUGAGACAAUUCCAACACACAAAGUUUUAUAACAUAAAAAGUGACAGCUGGGUGCUAAAGCAAAGCUCUGCUUGGUGUUAAAUUUAAGGGCUGCUCUAUAAUGUUCAUAGUUACACAUAAGGAAGAGUUAUUCAUAUUUAUAAUCUAUAAAGGAACCAUUUUCUUGCAAUUGAAUUGAUCCAGUGCUAGGCUGUUUACAAAGAAACUUGAAGCCAUUUCAAAAAGUUCUUAUUUUGCAGCAAUGCAUGAAAUGUGCUUUCACAUACUAUAUUAGAUAACACUAUAUUCACGUUAUAGUAAAUGCCAAUGAUGCAGUUGGACAAGGAUGUUGUAAAUGGAUACUUUACUAAUAAACCACGAAGCAGCAUGUCAUGCAUCUAAAGUCUCUUUAAAGUAUUAUACUAUUGUUUUUACGAUUGGUAAUAAUUACUUAAAUCAGAUUCUGUGGAAUAUUUGUUCCAAAGGCUAUGUGCCUAUUGUUCAGAAAAAGACAUUAUAAAAUGAACAUUAACUUUUCGCCUGUUCUAUAAUUCAGGAAAAUUAAUGGUUGUACAUGAUUUUUCAAUAAAGUUUGAUUAAAAUAUCAAUCUUAUACUGUCAA